GGUUUACGAGGGUUAAACGAGGCACGGUUGAAGUGUGGAAUUCUUCGGUUAGCCAUCACAGUCACGCUCGGCUCGGCCCUCCGACCCGCACUCUCUGACGCGUGCUCACCGUCGGUGGCCGUGGACCCUUAAUCCCAUACGACCUCUUCCUUCGGGGUCGGUGGCGGUGCUCCCUCCUUCCCAACCUCUCAUCUCAGUCUCGCUCGUGGCUGCAUUUGUUUGUUGCUAGACUUAAUUCAUCAUCGACAGAACCAAAAAUCAGCAAUAAUGUAUCUUCAGUGUUACAUAAAUGAAAAUGGUGAUAAAGUUUACACCACCAAGAAAGAAUCACCUCUGGGUGUGGCAACACAGUCUGCUCAUCCAGCACGGUUUUCACCCGAUGAUAAAUUCUCCAGGCAGAGAGUCCUUCUGAAGAAGCGCUUUGGUCUGUUACCAACUCAGCAAUCACCUCUAAAGUACUAAGGCAAUAGAAAUGCUUCCACUCUCACAGAUUGUUUACAAGACUUGAUUAUAUAUAGGUGCUUUCCUUCUCCCCUGUUUUGGACCAUGAUGACUUGUUGGGAGAGAUUUGUGGCGCAGAAUUUCUUUAGAAUGUAAUGAUUGAGUGGUUCUGGUUAGACCUAGAUACUAUGGAUUUUAAAUUUUGCUAUUCAGUUUAUGUUUUAAGACGAAGAGAUAAUAGAUAGCUCUUCUCCUACCUGUGAAUCGCCUCAGCCCUUAUGUGAUAAGGUGAGAGCGCCCUUUAAUGAAAUGAUGGCUAAAUGGGGGAUCGUUAAUUCUCCUUUGAUAUGAUGCCAAGUGACA